UUUUUCUAGAUGAGAUCGGAGCGUUCGGUCGUUGCGAGAGAGACAGGAACAAAAAGAAAGAAACAAAGUCAAAAGUUAGACCGAACUCUUUUUCCACUCAUCUCUCAAACCUCACGCCAAGAAGUUGAACCUGCGGGUAUAAAAAAUCUCUGUAUAGUAAACCCUAUCUUUCUAGUCUUCGAUCUUGUUUCUUCUCCUCUUCCUUCUUUCCAUCUUCUGCUACAUAUUUUGUUCAUCAAAUCACUUCUUCUUUUGUUGAUUUAGCACCCGCAUCAACGUAACAAGUAUAGCCCUAGUGAAAUUUAUAUUAACUGCAUGAUUUAGCACAACAAACACAACAAGCUAGGCAUCAUCAAGCUGAAAGUGCUGGAUCGACAACACGGGAAGAGGCCCUUUCCUUCCAAUGAAGCGGAAGAGAAGGAGGAGGAUCAUAUGUUUCCUGUCUACUCAGCUCGAUCCCAACAAGAUAUGUCUGCCAUGGUCUCAGCCCUAGCUCAAGUUAUUAGUAACACUGAUCAAAACCCAGUUCAAGUGCAUGGAAAUCCAAUAAUCACAUCCCAGUCUGGCACAAUAAGGGAACAACAUCAGUCUCAACCUGCUGUAGAUCAAGUAAAACAAAAACAUUUCUGUGAAGGGAACACAAGGAGAAGACACUAUAGAGGAGUAAGGCAGAGACCAUGGGGAAAAUGGGCAGCGGAAAUUCGAGACCCAAAUAAGGCCGCCAGAGUUUGGCUUGGCACUUUUGAAACAGCUGAGUCUGCAGCACUUGCUUAUGAUGAAGCAGCUCUCAGAUUCAAAGGAAGCAAAGCUAAGCUUAACUUCCCGGAAAGAGUUCAAGGGACAAGCGAAACAGGUUACCUUACAACUGGUUUGGGGACUGAACAAGUUCCUAACCCGAUUCUUCAUCAUGCCCCUCAUCAAACUACUUCUCAACAAACAUAUCCCAAUAUGUUUCAAUAUGCACAACUUCUUCAGACUGGAGAUAGUAACUUACAUUAUGUUAAUGUGCCAAGUCUCUAUGGGCAAGAAAGAUUUGCAUCACAAACUUCAUCAACUACCACAUCUUCAUCAUCUUCAUCUUCAUCUCCCAUACCAACUCAACAACAGCAACAAUAUCAACAACAAGAGCUUCUAAGAUUUCCAACGCACUUUGGAGGUGGUUCUUCUACUAGUUCUAAUCCUCGUAAAAACAUGAAAGACUUUUGAGACCAAUAAUUCAAAAGGACAUAUUUAUAAGGUAAAACUAAA